CACUGGUAUGGAUCUACCUUGAACCAUAUGUUGUAUGUUUUGAACUGGUAUGGAUAUACCUUAAUCAUAUGGCUCAUAUAUGAGCACCGUUGAUUUUGUCAGGGAUCAGUUAUACCUAUUGAACACAAUCCUGCGAAGUUUUGAAAUUGUCAUUCCACGAACUGAUGUUCUACAUUGGAGACACACUGGUGCAUACCAUCCGACGGAGGACUAAUUUUAUUAGCACUUGCCAGCAAAGUAUCUUUGGUGUUUUGAAUUUGGAUUUGAUUCACAGAAACGGAAAUCAUCUUGUGAUAUAUAAUUGCUGUAGAAUGACUAACAACAUAAUUUCCUGACAUCAAUCGUACAAUGUCCUCCAUUGGCCAUUUCAACCUCAAUCUCAGAGCACUCUGUAAAGAGGGUCGUUUGAAAGAUGCAAUGCACAUUUUGCUUACUACACAAAAUCCUCCUGUCGAUACCAACACGUACCUUCAGUUACUGCAGACUUGUGUUACCAAGAAAGCACUUUUAGAAGGUAAGCAAAUCCACUCUCACAUCAAUGAUAGGGGGUUUCCAAUAGCCACACGCACUUUGUUGCACAAUAAAGCUAUCAACAUGUAUGACAAGUGCGGAAGUCUGGUGGAUGCUCGCAAGGCUUUUGACCUCAUAGCUGAACCAGACGUCUUCUCAUGGAAUAUGAUAAUUGCAGCUUACAGAAGACAUGGGUUAGCCCAAGAGGCAUUUACCCUGUUUCACCAAAUGCCCACAACAGGUGUCCAGCCUGAUCUUUUCACAUUUGCCAGCAUCCUGCCAGUGUGUACUAAAAUGGGAUCUUUGGAACUGGGUAUGGAAAUCCAUCAAAGAAUCACAGAGAGCGGAUUCCUAUCAGAUGAUGUAGUUGUGACUUCGCUAAUAGACAUGUAUGCGAAAUGUGGAAGCAUAAACAAGGCGCACGAACUGUUUGACAAAAUGCCUCGACGAGACGCGGUUUCCUGGAAUGCAAUCAUUGGUGGAUACAACCAAAAUGGGCUUCCUGAAAAGGCGAUGGAGGUGUUUAAGAAUAUGGAAAUUGCAGCUGUAAACCCAACCUCAGGAACCUUUGCCAGCAUCCUACCAGCUUGUGCCAAACUUGGAAAUUUGGCACAGGGUAUGGAGAUCCAUGCAAGAGUAAUUGAAAGCGGGUUUCUGUCAGAUGUUGUAGUUAGGAAUAGUCUGAUAGCCCUGUAUUCUAAAUGUGGAAGCAUACGAAAAGCCUAUGAAUUGUUUGACAAAAUGGCGCAACAAGAUGCGGUUUCAUGGACGACAAUCAUUGCUGGGUAUGUACAAAAUGGGCUUGUUGGAAAGGCAUUGGAUGUUUUUAAGCAAAUGCAAUUCCAAGGUGUAAUGGCGAUCUCAGCAACUUUUGCUAGCGUACUCCGAGCAUGUGCCAAGAUGGGAGCUCUAAACCUAGGUAUGGAGAUCCAUAAAAAAAUAAUUGAAACUGAAUUUUUGUCAGAUGAUGUGGUUGUGACUGCCCUAGUAGACGUGUAUGCAAAAUGUGGAAGUAUGCGGAAGGCACGUGAGUUGUUUGAGAGAAUGCCUCAACAAGAUCUGGUAUCAUGGACUGCAAUCAUCUCUGGAUAUGUACAAAAUGGGCUCGUUGAAAAAGCCUUGGAUUUUUUUAAGCAAAUGCAAUUUGCAAGGGUUAAACCAGAUGCAUCAACUUUAGCUAGCAUCCUCCCAGCUUGUGCAAAACUUGGAGCUUUGGAUCAGGGCAUAGAGAUCCAUCUAAAAAUAAUCGAAAAUGGAUAUUUGUCAGAUGUUGUAGUUGCAAAUGCCUUGAUUGACAUGUAUGCAAAAUGUGGAAUCAUACAAAAGGCACGCAAGUUGUUUGACAGAAUGCAUAAUGCAAACUUGGUCUCCUGGACUGCAAUGUUUGCAGGAUAUGCAAUGCAUGGCUAUAGCAAGGAUGCAUUCAAACUCUUUGAACUAAUGAAAUACUCUGGAACUAACCCUGAUCAUAUUAGCUUCGUUUGCAUUUUAUAUGCAUGCAGCCAUGCAGGUCUAGUGGAUGAAGGCUGUAGAUAUUUCUACUACAUGAGUGAUACUUAUUCCAUUAUGCCUACAAUGGAUCAUUAUGUAUGCAUGGUUGACCUCCUUGGCCGCGCUGGCUAUCUUGAGGAAACCCUUAACUUUAUCAUUAAAAUGUCAAGAAAACCUGAUGUGGUUGUGUGGAUGUGUUUAUUAGGCACCUCCAGAUCACAUAAGAAUAUAGAACUAGGAGAAUUUGUGGCAUCACUCCUUUUUGAGUUGUAUCCUAAAAAUCCUGCACCUUAUGUUCUUCUGUCAAACAUUUAUGCAGAAGCAGGCAUGUGGAGUGAUCUUCAAAAGAUAAGAAAAUUGAUGAAGGAUAGAGGAAUAAAAAAGAUUCCUGGAUGUAGCUGGAUUGAAGUCAAUAAAAAUGUACAUGUUUUUUGUGUAGGAGACAGAUCGCAUCCACAGACACAGGAGAUCUAUGCAAUAUUAGAGAAGUUGAAUUGGGAGACAAAGACAACAGGGUACAUGCCAGAUACAGGACUUGCACUGAAUGAUGUUGAGGAGGAGGAGAAAAAAUCAUCCCUUUCCUACCAUAGUGAAAAGUUGGCAAUCGCAUUUGGCUUGUUAAGCACUCCUCCUGGAACAACUAUUAGAGUUGUCAAGAACCUUCGAGUAUGUGUUGAUUGCCACACUGCAAGUAAGUUUAUCUCCAAGAUUGUUGAUAGAGAAAUUGUUGUGAGGGAUGCAAACCGGUUCCAUCAUUUCAAAUGUGGACAAUGUUCUUGUGGAGAUUAUUGGUGAUGCUAAAUGAAUCGACCUAUUAACACAGGCUUAUAUUAUAACCAUUGUUAAAGUUUCACACUUGCAGUGACAAGAAGGAUUCAGGUUUCACCCUGAGGAACAGAUCAUGGAUCUACCAGCUUAUGUGCUAAAACAGAAGGGAUUUUCAAUGAAGCAAACAGAAUCAUGUCCUGGAGCAUUUUAAGGCAAAUGAGAUAUGAAAGCAGGUGCUAGAAAAGAUACAUGUCAACCUGAUGGUUUGAAGGUGCUUUGAAAUUCACCUGGAGAAUCCAUCCAUACUUACUGGAUUUGGUGUGACAUGAAACUCAAGUUGGAAGUACUCAGGGAUCCUGGAGUUUCAUUUGAGUUACAUACGGGCUUUUUGAAGUUGUCUAAAGUUUAAACAGUCAUUUGGACCAGAUUUGUAUCUUCCUUGAUAAUCAUUACAAUUUGCAUUUUUUGUCACCUAAUCAAUAUCCUUAUCAUUUUGGUUUUCUUUACCCAAUCUUUGUUAUUUUGGAGCUUCAUUUGAGUUACAUACAGCAUAUAUGAUGUUGUCUAAAUGGUCAUUCGGAUUAGAUUUUUAUCGUCCUGGGUAACCACUAAAUUUGUAUUCCAUUGUGAUUUAGUUCCUGGAUUUCCUUCUACUGUUUUUUCAAUUAAUCGAUAGAAAUUAUUGGUAAUAUUAUUUUGAAUUCCAGAGGGUUCAAAGUCUGAGAGCAAUGGGUUCUGUCUAUUGACUCCAAGAAUCCUUAUAUCAACAAUUUUUACUCCUUUCAAUGAUUAGUCAAAGGAUAUUAGGGUUUACUAUGCAAUAUAGGCUAAUUGGCCCAAAAUUACCCCAUUUAUCCCAAUGAACCAAUUAGCCCAAAGUCAAACACAUGGAGAACAUGGGACAAGGUAAUUAAGCAUUGUGAAAACAAUUGUUUUAUUUGCAUUGCUAGUUUGCGAAAGUGAUAACAAUUGGGUUAGAUUAGUCUUAAAUGAUCUUAAUUCACCCAUACAGUUCAUGUUUCGGCAAACUGAUAUAAUGAAAAUGAGGAAACUAAAUACAGUUGGCUCUAAUUAGGUCUUUUUACCCUUGGUACCUUAUUCCUCCUUUCCAUUUCCGCAUACUGGACCAAUUUUAAACAAAUAUUAACAAUUAAAAUUAAUUAAAUCAAAUUAUUGUAUUUUUUCAAUUUUUUUCCUAGUGUGACAUGAUUUGUGUUAAAAAGGGCAAUUGGGACAAGGACAUUUAAUUAUUAAAUAAGUUAAUCUCAACACAAAUAUCAUAUACUCUUAAAUCACACUAUUGAAGGUAAAUAUCCUUGUAUAAAUGCCCAUAAAAUAACAAAGUAUGUAAAUUAGAAUAUAAGUAGAUGCUCAACGAUAUCAUAAGGCAUAUCUAUAAGGGUGAAAAGUCCAUACCUUGCACUUUUAAGCUUUGGUUUACACGAGUUUAUGUGGGUGUCUUGGGUUCUUUGCCCUAGUAAAUGAUUUCAUUUGAUUUGGCCCUCCCAUUGACUACAAAUACACAUUGAUGUGUAGAAAUCAUGUUCUCCAUGCACAAAGCAUUUCCAAACUUCAAAUUGGAGUUUCCCCUCCUUGGUUCAAAACCUCAAGUGUGGUGUUAGUUCUAUAAUUGCAAGAUGGUCAACUUUGCUUAAAGUCAAAUUUUAUAAUAGAGCCCAAGUUGACCCACUUCCAACUAGUCAUUAAUCAUUGCUUCUCGUACCAAAGCAUUCAAAUUGUAUGCCUACGACAACUAUUAGAGUACACCACCCCUAGAUCAUUUCAAAUCUAUCAAUCAUUAGUAAAUCUCAAUUACACCCAUCAUCAAGACAAUUGCAUUGCAUCUAUCUCGUGGGAUCAACUUACAACCAUUACUUUGUCACGUGCAUCAACCACAUUAACAAAUAUUGAAGCAUUAGUUCUUGCACUAGGUCACUAUGACAUUCAUUGCAUUGCAUUGUGUUGUAUCAAGUUUCUAGUCUCAAAUCACCUAGUAUCAUGACAACCACAUCAUUGCUAUUUAUAUUUGUUAUUUUUCUUCCAAUCUUAUUAAAAAUGUUAAAUCAAUUAACGGGUCUUGACUAUAAUAGAGGAAAUCUAAAGGAUUCUCUAUCAUCAUACCAAGUCGCAAUGGUGUUCUUCAAUAUAUUGCCAAUCAUUUACAAAAAAAUUGCUCAUAUGGGCAUCAACAUGAGACCCAUACAAACUCUUAUGAGCACAACCAUGAGACUAACACAAGCUCUUUUUGAGCAACCACACUAGAAACCACUUAUAGAAGACAAAGAGUAGCAACUUAGAAAUUCACUUGUUUAUAAGCCACCUCCACCCUAGAAGGAAACUAUGGAAGACCAAGAGUCACAUCUUAGAAUUCCAUAUUAGAUGUCUCAUUGGAAUUUGAACCUAAAUCUCCACAACAAGAUCGUAAUAUCUAAUUAAGUUCAACUCCUUAGGCAAUGGUGUUCUUCAACACAACCAAGUUCUUUCAUCUUAUGUACAUAGAUCAAGUGAAGCUUUGUUGUAGGCUUAGAAGAUCUAAAGGCCAUUGGCUCAACAUUAUAGUAAUAGUUCUAUAUAUAGCAAAAAGGUCACUCUUGCUAUUGUAGUCUUUAACCUAGACAAAUUUUG